AGCUGAUCAGAAAAACAAACGUGUUCCGCGCUGUGACCUGUUGGACGACAUGGGGGAGGAAAAAGUGAGAGUUUUGUACGAUUUCGAGGGUGUCGCGGAAAACGGCGAGCUAACCAUCUACACAGAUGAGAUAAUAACGAUACUAAGGAAGGAUGUCGGGGAGGGCUGGUGGGAGGGUCAGAAUGACCGGGGAGAAGCUGGCUACUUCCCGUCGGCCUAUGUGGAGGAGACCGCGGGGAGUGGCGAGGCGGUGACGGAAACGCCCCCAGCAGCCGACAGUUCUUACUACAAUGGGUCCCAGGAUACCUCAGCCAACACCUAUACACAGGAGAGCGCCUCAGCUGCUGACCAGUGGAAUGAUCCCUCCAGCCAGUACCAGAACACUGCAGCCACUGACCCCUGGGACCAGGGUGUCGCCAACACAGCCUACUCCUCCAGCUAUGGGCAGGACUCGUGGGGGGACACCACACCUGCCCAGACAGGUGGUCAGGAGGAGGGGUGGGAUGAUGACUGGGAUGAUGAUGGUGCGAGCACCGGCAGCAGCACAGCGACCACACCCACAUCUCCAACCACCAAAACCAUGGGCAGUGAUGCUGGCAAGUCAGGUGGCACCAUGAGAAAAAGCCUGAAUAGGUUCUCCAUGUUUGUGAAGUCUGGUGGAGAAGCCUUCAUUUUGGGCACCACAAAAAGUGCAGGCUCUACAAAGAACAGAGUCGUUGUCACAGAAAUACAAGAGGGGUGGUCAUGGGGUCCAAACCCUGCACCAUACAAGGUCAGUGUGGCCGAUCCAACAAAGGAAAGUAAGCUGAAAGGGCUGAAGAGUUUCAUUACCUACCAGCUGACUCCAGACAACACCAACCAGACAGUCAGUAGAAGGUACAAGCACUUUGAUUGGCUGUAUGAAAGGCUGAUCGAGAAGUUCACCACAAUCGCUGUGCCUCCGCUCCCUGAGAAGCAAGUGACAGGCAGGUACGAGGCAGACUUUGUGGAAGGGCGCCGGCAGCAGCUCCAGCUGUGGGUGGAUCGCAUGUCACGCCAUCCUGUUGUCGCCCAGUCAGAGGUCUUCCAGUUCUUCCUCCAAUCUUCUGACAAAACCUGGAAGGAUGGGAAGAGAAGAGCAGAGAAAGAUCCACUGGUUGGAGGAGCUUUCUUCCACACCGUAGAGGCACCUCAGGCACGUCUACCAGCAGCCAGGAUAGAGACCAACAUGGAGAACUUCAACAGGUUCCAGAAGAGCAUGGAUGACAGUGCGAAGAAUCUACUUGCUGUAGCUGCAGAGAGUACCAAGAAACACAUGGGAGGCUUCAAGAGGGAGUACCAAAGAGUCGGAGAGGCUUUCACAAAGCUUGGAACAACUUUUGAUUUGGAUAAGAAGCCAUCAUCAAAGCCCCUUACCAAUGCCCUAUGGAAAACUGGUGCAGCUUACUUUCAGAUUGGCAAAAUGUUUGAGGAGCAGCCACAGCAUGACCUGAAUGUCCUCAUGCUGAAGGUAGAUGAGUACAAGGGCAUCCUGUCCACCUUCCCUGACAUCCUCCAGUCCAUGAAAGGAACAAUGACGAAGGUACGGGAGUGCCAGCGGAUGGUGGAUGAAGGAAAGAUGUCCGCUGAAGAACUGGAGGAAGUUGGGGCACGAUCUGAUGUCAUCACCUACACCACUCUCGCUGAGAUCCAACACUUCCAUGAGAUGAGGGUGGUCGACUUCAAGGCUAUUGCCCAGCAUUUCUUAACAGAACAGAUUCAGUUCUACGACAAAAUAAAGACCACCCUGGAAGAAAGCCUAAAGAACUAUGAUGCUGUCUGAAGUUGAUCAGCAAAUCAUACAUGCUUGUCCAGAAGAGAAGAUGAUAAGCAAAACAAAUGAAAUUAUUAAGAACAUUCAUAUUUUCUAUUGUGGGCCUUUCUAAUGCCAGAUGCCAUAUACCAUUCAAUUAAAUGUUUUAUCUGAUAGAAAUCUGCAUUAUAUGUAGACUUUCAAUGUAACAGUUUUGCUUCA